AUGGCUGCACAAUUAGUUGCUGGUGAUGGUGCCUGUGCUAUCUCUGGUUUCGAUGAAAAUGACAACCGUAAUGCAAAGAAUGAGCAAUUAGGCCAAUUCAUUGUGAACGAUGCUGGCACUCAAGAAACAACUCAAUUUGGUCAAAAGAUCAACAAUUCUGACAGUCUUAAGGCUGGAUUGGAUGGUCCCACUUUAUUAGAAGAUUUCAUGUUGCGCGAAAAAAUUAUGCAUUUUGAUCAUGAGAGAAUUCCUGAACGUGUGGUACACGCCAGGGGUGUGGGUGUACACGGCUACUUUGAAUCCUAUGGCGAUUACUCAAAUAUUACUGCUGCUAGUUUCUUGGACAAGCAAGGCAAGCAAACACCUGUCUUUGUUCGUUUCUCUACUGUGCUCGGUUCUCGUGGUUCUCCUGACACUGUACGUGAUGUGCGUGGUUUUGCUGUUCGUUUCUACACAGAUGAAGGCAACUUUGAUUGUGUGGGUAAUGCCAUUGCUCCCUUUUUUGUGAAUGAUGCCAUCAAGUUCCCUGAUCUUAUUCAUGCUGCUAAACCUCAGCCUGAUAAGGAAGUGCCUCAAGCUGGCACUGCUCAUGAAACCGCUUAUGACUUCUUUGGCGAGUUCCCUGAAUCAACACACACCGUGCUUUGGGCUCUUUCGGGCCGUGGUCUUCCUCGUUCUUUUAGACAAGUAGAAGGCUUUGGUGUUCAUACGUUUAGAUUGGUCAACGAUGAUGGCGAGUCACACUAUGUCAAGUUUGUCUGGAAGCCUAAGCAAGGUUUGGCUAACUUGGUCUGGGACGAAGCUCAAAAGAUUGCUGGUAAAGACAUUGAUUUCCAUCGUAACGAUCUCUACACUGCCAUUGAAAAGGGAGACUAUCCUGAAUGGGACUGGGGUGUUCAAAUCAUCAAGGAGUCUGACCUUGACAAAUUUGACUUUUCUCUUCUGGAUGCUACAAAGAUCUUACCUGAAUCCUUGGUGCCCUUCACACCUCUUGGUAAACUUGUCUUAAACCGUAACCCUGAUAACUAUUUUGCUGAAACUGAACAAGUCACCUUCCACCCUGGUCAUAUUGUACGUGGCAUCGGUUUUACUGAUGACCCACUCUUGCAAGGCCGUCUCUUCUCUUACCUGGACACUCAAUUAAACCGUAUGAACAGCGUCAAUUACUUGCAAUUGCCUAUCAACCGUCCUAUUGUUCCUGUCCACAACAACCAACGGGACGGCUACAUGCAAUCUCAAAUCCACAAGGGCAAGGUUGCCUAUUACCCCAACAAGUUACAAGGCAACACACCUUCGCUUGUCUCUCCUAACAAGGGCGGCUACAUUGAAUAUCCUGAAAAGAUCGAUAACGCUAAGAAAGUCCGUGGCCGCUCCGCUCAAUUCUUUGAUUACUACUCCCAAUCCCAACUCUUUUAUAACUCUUUGACCAAGGCUGAACAACAACAAUUAGUUGACGGUGCUCGUUUUGAGAUCGGUAAAUCCAAAGACAUACAAGUACGCAAGAAGAUGAUUGAUGUCUUGAACCAUGUCGAUAACAACCUUGCUCGUCGUGUUGCUUAUGGUGUCGGUGUGGAACUCCCUGAAAAGCUCUAUGAGAACCUUAACAAGACCUCGGUCGGUCUCUCGAUUGAAAAGUACCCUAAGCCUGAUAACAUCAAGACCCGUACUGUGGCUAUCUUGACUGCUCCUGGUACUGAUAAAGACGAAGCCAAGGCCAUGUACUCUUUCCUCGAGUCAAAAGGUGCUUAUCCUGAAUACGUGGGUGUUCGCUUGGGUACUCAAGACGGCCUUAAUAUUACCAAUACCUACUUGACCACGUCUUCUGUGCUUUAUGAUGCUGUCUAUGUGCCUGGUGGUGAGAAGGCUAUCAAGUACAUGACUUCGCCUACCUCUUUCUUCCCUAUGGAAGAACCCAAGGUGUUUGUGUUUGAUGCUUUCCGCCAUGGUAAGCCUAUUGCUGCUACCUCUCAAGGUGUUGAGUUAUUAAAGUAUGCUGGUGUCAAGAUUCCCUCUGAAAGUAAAGGUACACACGAAAAGGAAGGUGUUAUUGUAGGUAGCUCUGAAAGCGGUGUCGAAAGUCCUUUUGAAGAAGCAUUGAAAAAGCAACGAUUUUGGUCUCGCAUGCCUACCGAUCCUGAAUUAUAA